UAUUGAAUAAGUUACAAAUAAAAUGAAUCAUUCGGACUGCUUUGCGGGUGCCAUACAAGAUUUUCUUAUAUGCAUUACAGUGCAUAAGGCGGCAGAGACGGGCGUGCCCAACGGAGAGCUGUACGUGAAAAUUUGCUUAGAUAAAAUGACCAAGAAUACGAAAACUCAAACGAACUCCGAGAAUCCAUUCUUUAAUGAGUAUUUUGUAUUUGAGUUCCACUGUACGCUCGCUGAGCUGUUGCGUCUGACUGUGCUCUUUGAGCUGAAAAAGUACUUGAUGUACAAGAAGAACACGAACAUGGGUGAACUGAUGAUUGAUUUGCAUAGCGUGUGGAAUCAGCCCAAUCACUGCUACUUCAAGCGAUGGGGUCGACUCGAGGCGCCCCUGGGAGAGCACCCGUUCAAGGGAGGCGAGCGCGAAUCGUGUGGCUAUCUGCAAAUCGACUUGGCCAUCGUCUCGCAGCACAGCGCUGUGAAGACAACUCCAACUGGAGAUGAACAUGAGGAGCUGAUCAAAUGGCCAACGCAUCAUGAUUUUGACGAUAUCAAGAGCAAUCUCUUAGAGGACGUCGACUCGGAUACCCUGAGAAACAUUCGUUACUUCAUCAGCUUCUAUCGUGGCAUCUUCACGAAGCGGAGUAACUACAUGAUACAAGUAUCAUUCGCUGGCUUCAAAGGCAAAACGGCUGUGCAGAAGAAUACAUUGACACCGGUGUGGAAUCAGGAGAUUAGUUUUGCAUGGGUCUUUCCCUCUCUGGCCCAACGAUUUCUCAUAUUGGUUAUGAUGCAGGAGCAUAUGCAAUGGAAAUGUAUAGCACAAUAUGAUAUGUCUUUCGAUGAAAUUGCCUUUGAAGACAAGCCCUCGUUUGGACCAACUUAUUUGCAUCUGUACGAUCCUAUCGGUCCGUCGAACUAUGUGGGUCGCGUUCUGUUGGAGUUGCGUUCUGAAACUCUGCAGGAAGGUCAUCCCACGCACGUUUUGAUUACCGAAUCGGUGACUCCUCCAUCCAACUGGUCAGACCAGUCUUUUAUUGUGGAGUUCCUGCCUAUUCUCGGAGAUAAUAUACCCACCAGCUCGCAGCAGUAUAAAUUUGUUGUCCAGCUUGCGGAGUUUACCUCGAAUGAACUAGAGGGACCAUUGACGACACCAUCGGGCAAAUUUCGUUCGCAAACGAAAUCCUUUCGCCAGGAUUCGCCUUAUCAGUCUUGUAUAUUCCGUAUCCACCUGCCCGAUAAUCGCAUCAAAUUUGAAGGGGAUUUCUUUAUGACUGAUAUAGCCAACUAUAUGCGCUCUGAGCUGGCCACCUUUAAGAUCUUUCAGCUCAAAUACCCCAAUCACAUACAACAUCAGACCAAAUGCCUGAAGUCCAUUAUCCAUAGCUUCCUUUCAAAAAUCGAAGAAAGCGUGGGCUUGCAUCGCUUCGACUACGAUAUGGGGGAGGAGUGCACCACCUGGGAUUUGAAUAGACAGCAAUACGUGCUGUCUUACUUCAGAAAGGUGCCCAAGGAGCUGCGCUCGUUGCGACAGAGACUGAAGUCGAGCUACUCCUCGAAUAUGGAUUCCACCAUAAUGGACAUAGUUAACGAGCUGCACCGUGUAAUUGGGGAAAUCAAUUCGCUGUCUAAUUUAAUGCACGUGCAGGACGAAUGGCCGGAGCUGCUGCUCACCCUGAGUGCAGGGGGCAAACAGAUUGGGGUCUGUCACCUGAAUGCCAAACACUUUCUGAGUCUGCAAAAGCGGGAAGUCAACCAGGCGAGCAAUCAUUGCUGGCACAUGAAGAGCUUCUUCUUCAAGAGCACCAGCUGCUCGCACACCUGCUCCAACUGUGGCUGCAAUGCUGGCCUCGUCCUCGGCUGUAUCGCUAUAGUGCUCGAGAGUGAACGGCACGAAUUCCUGUCCCGCAUUGCGGGCGAGUGGUCCUCGCCCUCACCCUACACUUGGCUGCCGAAUGUGGGGCAAACGUUCUUCCGCUGUCAUAUCUAUGUGCACCAGGCGAAGAUACGGCCGGGCAGCGAUAAUAAGGUCGAGUGCGAUGGAUAUGUGCGCGUUAUCUUUGCAUCGCAGGUGGCUGAGACGGACACAGCUAAGAGCAUCUGUUCGCCCAUCUGGGAUGCUGUGAUCACCGUGAAUGGCGUGUCCCUGCCGGGCGGCGUCAGCUGGUAUCUGCAGAAUCCGCCGCUGCUCGGCUUGGAGCUCUUCAACUGUCAGCAGGAGUCAGUGGGCACUGGGCAAAUCAAGGCAAAUGUCAUCACAGCGGACCAGAGCGAUGAGAGCAGCCGCGGCGAUGAAAGCAAGUAUUUGGCCCAAGGUACUCUUCAGAGGCUCAAAAAGUUGAGGAAUGUCAGUCCGCCUCCCCUUAAGUGGGUUUCCAUUGCCAAGAAUGGAAGGGUCCAGGCUGAACUCUUAAUGUCGGUGGAAUUGAAGCAGCUGGUGGGCGAUACGCAGAUCUUUGAGGAUAAGGAACCGGAGCUGACUGCAGGCAUACCUCCCUCUAUACGACCCAAUAUGCUCAACUACGUGCUCGAGAUUAUUUUUGUUGGACUGCGCAACUAUACUAAGGUGGGCAUGUGCAUGGCGGGCAAGCGACGUGCCAAGGUCAUCAUGGCGGAUCUGGUCUUAACUAGUGGACUCUCUACCUCGCGGGUGAGGAACAGCAUCAACUUCCUGGUGGCCUACGCCUCCGGCGUUGUGAGCCUGCCCGAUCAGCAGGAAUACUGGCCGGCUAUAAUAGCCACGGAUGUUUUGGUCAGCAGCUUCUCCCAUGAGACUACCUUAGGCGCUGCCCUAAUACCCCCCUCGCCGAACUUUCUGCAAAAGGAUCAAGUGAACAAAUGCAUGCGAAAGCCGGUCGAAAGUCCCGGUACCAAUUCAAUAAUUGUUAUAAAUCAAGACGAAACGACGGAGGACGACGACAGAAAUAUUCCAGUGGAUGAGGGGCCCGUCUUCUGGAAGCGUCUGAAGAUCAUGUUGGGCUUACGAUCCGCCCCCUAUGCCAACAAGAAUCUACUUAGACUAGAGGAUUGCAGGGACUUGACUGAAGUCGUGGAUAGUCGAUUCACGUGGUGGACCAAGUUCUACAACUCCAUGUGGAUUGGAAACGACGAUGGAUUGCAUAAGUGCAAGCACAAACUGGUCAUCUACAGUACAGAGCUCGAGAAGCAGCCUCAAUUCAGUUACUUUCAGGAUUGGGCUGUGCCCGUGCCCCUGGUGCAUGGCGUCAAGAUGAAGAAGCAUGGACCCCCUAAAGAGGACGUCUAUGCCAUACUGAAGCUGCAGAUUAAGCUGACGCCCUGUGAGAGUGCGAAGACUGAGGAUGGAGUUGGCGAUGGGGAAAUGUUGCUGCCAUUGCCGGCUGCUCUAAGUCCGCGUGAUCAGAGCCUAAUCAAAUCGCUGACCGAUGUAGUCAAACUGAUAGUCAGGGUUUACGUAGUACAGGGUCUCCAAAUCCGGCCUAGAGAUUGGUUUACCGAUUCGGAUACGUAUGUGCGCCUCACACUGGGCGGCAAGAUGAUCUCGGAUCGUGCACACUAUGUGCCCAACCAGAGUAAUCCAAUCUUCGGGCGUUUCUUCGAGCUGAGCACAACGCUGCCCGCCGAUCCCAUGCUGGAGCUGGCCCUGUUCGAUCAUGACAAGCGCAAAGACGGAAACAUAGGGUACACUCUCAUCGAUCUGGAGGACCGCUGGCACAGCAAGCAUCGCGCCACAUUGGGCAUUCCACGGGAGUACUCACGCUUCGGCUACAACCAGUGGAGGGACCCUCUGCUGCCCUCCCAGCUGCUUGCCGAGCUCUGCCAGCAGCGAGGCAUUCCGCCUCCCUAUUACUAUGGCAAUGUCAUCGAGGUGGAUGGCACGCUCUUGGGCGACGAGACCGUCAUUUCAAAAUCGGAGGAGCUGAAGGAGCGAUUGAGCCUGACGGCCCUCAACAAUCUGGAUAAGUUGCCUUCCUUUGGCUACAAGCUGGUGCCGGAGCAUGUCGAAACACGUUCCUUAUAUAACGACGAUAGUCCCGGAGUCUUGCAGGGUAAAAUCCAAAUGUGGUUAGAGCUGUAUGAGGCGAGCAUGUUUCUGCCACCGCCCGUGGACAUUACACCCGUGCCCCCCUAUGACUAUGAGGUGCGUGUUGUGGUCAAAAGUUUGCGCGAUAUUCAGUUUGGAGAUAAAAACAUUUUCGGCAAAUUAAUGAGCGAUAUUUAUGUGAUUGGCUGGUGCCAGGACUCGGGCAAGUACCAGUCGACGGAUAUACAUUACCGUUCAUUUGCUGGCGAGGCUGCAUUUAAUUGGCGGAUGAUAUUCCAAAUGAAAUACUCGCCCAACGAGGACAUGAUGGUCAUCAGGCGCAAGGGCGGGCUGCAGGGCGAGGAAAUCGAAAUCAAGAAGCCACCGAUAAUCUAUUUUCAGGUCUGGGAUAAGGAUGUCCUCAGUAAAGACGAAUUCUUGGGUGCCCUGGAGCUAAAUUUAUCUGAUCUCCCGGUGCCCUAUACGUCCGAUGGACGUUGUAAACCCUUUCCCAAUUCCCAUCAGCGUAUUAAUCUCUUCAAUAGAAAAGCUGCUGAGGGUUGGUUUCCUCUAGUCGAUGGGCUAAGAUCGAAGGAUGGACAACCCGUGCAUAGGACGAUAACAGGCAAAGCACAGUUGCAAUUGGAAAUCUUAACGGAGUCAGAGGCAUCCAAUGCACCCGCUGGCCUAGGUCAUCAGCCUCCCAUGGCACUGGAGCCACCCAAUCGUCCCAAGACGUCGUUUAAUCCUCUGACGCAUCCCUUCAAGUCCGCCCAUCUCAUUCUGUGGCCCGUCAUACGCAAAUAUGUUUACAUGGGCAUCCUAUUAAUGUGCCUGGUGCUGGGCUUGACUUUGUUCUUCUCCAAUUUACCCAAUCAAAUGAUGAAAAUUCCCCUUCAAUGAUUUUCCACUUUUUCA